UAGCAUUCUUUGCAGGCGGUUUUGCUUGUCGUUGUGUCGAGGAGGUAGCUCGUCUAGGUUUUCCUCAUCUGCUGCAAGGCAAGCAGCAUAUCCUGUACCAUGGGUGCUCUGAAGCGCAAGGAUGGCCCCGAUGGCACCUCCAAGUCCUCGCGCCCGGCGACCGAAGCUCGGCCAUCGAAACGGGCAAAGCAGAGCGAAUCCACGAAAGACGAUAGCAAGAAGACCGCAAAGCAGCCCAAGUCCGAUGCCCAACCCGCCGGCGCAUCCGUGGUUACGAAGUUGAAAGAGGAAGAGCCUCUGUUCCCUAGAGGAGGCGGGAGCAUCUUGAGUCCCCUGGAGCAGAAGCAGAUCGCCAUCCAAGCGAAGAAGGACGUCUUGUUCGAGGAGCAGUCCACGGGCAAAAAGGGGGUAGAGAAGGCUGCCAAGAAAAAGAAGCGCAAGUCGCGCUCUGAUGAGACGGCUACCAAGCCUGCCAAAGACGAGGAUGCUGUGAAGGUGGAAAGCUUGAACUUCAAGCGGCUGGUCAAAGGCUCGCUCGUGCUUGGAACAGUCUGCGCCAUCAACGCCCUAGACCUCGCCAUUGCGCUCCCCAACAAUCUCGUUGGCCAUGUGCCCAUAACCGCCAUCUCCCAAUCCCUCACGCGGCGACUGCAGGCGAGCGCCGAAAAGGAGGACGACGAAGAUGAUUCCGAGGACGAGGACACCGGCGCCGACGACGUCGACCUCAAGAGUCUGUUCCACGUCGGCCAAUAUGUGCGCGCCUAUGUCACGUCAACAUUAGACGAGUCAACGCCCGGAAAGAGCAGGCGCCACAUCGGGUUGUCCCUCGAGCCCACCCAUGCCAAUACGGGCAUGUCAGAGCAGGACGUCGUCGAGAAUUGCACGCUCAUGGCAUCGGUAGUCAGCGUCGAGGAUCACGGCUUCGUCAUGGACAUUGGUAUUUCCGAGUCCAACAUGAAGGGGUUUCUGCCGCGGAAACAGCUGGAUAAGGACAUUCCAGAGGAGAGUGUUCAGCCAGGGUCGGUCUUACUUUGCAUCGUCACCGGAAAGGCCGCGAACGGCAAGGUUGCCCAGCUCUCGACGCUGUCGGAUCGCCUUGGCAGCCCCAAGAACAACCCGUCCGAAGCUACGACUAUCGACUCAUUCCUGCCUGGUACCGCCGCCGAUGUUUUGAUAUCCGAGGUCUCCCAACACGGCGUCGUCGGCAAGGUGAUGGGCCACCUGGAUGUAACUGCGGACCUUGUUCACUCUGGUGCCGGACCCGACGGGGUUGAUCUUGUCGAAAAGUACAGAGUUGGCUCCCGUCUAAAGGCGAGGAUCAUAUGCACGUUCCCCACCGCAAAACUGCCCAAGCUGGGCAUCUCCAUGCUGCCUCAUGUGCUUUCAUUGAAACCGAAGACGGCAAGCCGGGACGGCAGAGAAGCACAGCCAACCCAGAUUCUCGCGCACUCGGAAAUCGUGGAGGAAUGCACGGUAGAGAGGGUUGAGCCAGGGAUUGGGCUUUAUGUCGACGUCGGAGUAGAAGGCGUCCCGGGAUUCGUCCACAUCUCCAGGGUCAAGGACGGCAAGGUGGACAGUUUGUUCGAGAACAGCGGCCCGUUCAAGGUGGGUUCCGUCCACCGGGGCCGUGUGGUUGGUUUCAACUCGUUCGACGGCAUGUUCCUCCUCUCCUUUGAAAAGCAGGUCCUUGAACAACCAUUCCUGCGGAUCGAGGACAUUCCGGUUGGAGCAGUGGUUCCCGGCGUGGUUGAGAAGCUUGUCAUCAACCAGGACGGUCUCGGGGGCCUCAUCGUGAAGAUUGCGGACGGAAUCUCAGGCCUGGUGCCUGAAAUGCAUCUUGCAGACGUUCACCUGCAGCAUCCUGAGAAGAAAUUCAGGGAAGGAAUGAAGGUGAAAGCCCGCGUCCUCUCCACCAACCCAGCAAUGCACCAAGUGCGCCUGACGUUGAAAAAGACGCUGGUCAACUCUGAAGCACCGCCCAUCAAGUCGUACGACGAGCUGGCGGUUGGGUUGCAGGCCUUCGGGACCAUUGUGACUGUUCUGCAGCACGGUGCCAUCGUCCAGUUUUACGGCCGGCUCCGUGGGUUCUUGCCGGUUUCUGAGAUGAGCGAGGCCUACAUCCACGAUCCAAAGGAGCAUUUCCGCGUUGGGCAGACUGUCAGCGUCUACGUCAUCAGCUUCGACCCGGAAGCCAGCAGACUCAUUGUUUCCUGCAAGGAUCCGUCUGCCUUUGGCCUGGACAAGCAACUCGCCUUAAAGAAGCUUCAGAUUGGUGAUCUGGUUUCAGCAAAGGUCACGCAGAAAACAGAAGACGAUAUCUUCGUCGAGCUCACCGACAGCUCCUUGAAGGCAAUCCUCCCCGUAGGACAUCUAACAGACAAGUCGGUCAGCAAGACGCAGUCGGCGCUCAAGAAAAUCCACGUCAACCAGACGCUUGAGGAGUUGGUCGUCCUCGAGAAGAAUGAAAGCCGGCGGUCCAUCACACUCUCUCACAAACCGAGCCUCGUCCAAGCCAGCAAGGAGGGAAAGCUUCUUGCCAGCGUCGAUGGUGCGCGGGUCGGGGACAAGAUUCCCGGGUUUGUUCGGAAUAUCACCGCCACUGCCGUCUUCGUGCAGUUCGCAGGGAAGUUGACGGCUCUGCUUCCCAAGUCGAUGAUUCCCCGCGAUGCCCAGGACAAACCCAACUUUGGAAUGCACAAGUCACAGUCACUUCUUGUCAAAAUCACAUCCAUCGACAAGGACUUGGGCCGAACAGUAGUCGCCAUCCCAUCGGUUGCUGACGAGCAGGUCAAGAAGUCGGCCAAGACUACCGAGAAGGCUGUGAACUCGUUGGACGACUCCAUCACCUCCAUCGAUGAUCUCGCUGUUGGCAAGCUCACCAAAGCUCGGGUGAAAUCGGUUAAGGAGACGCAACUCAACGUCCAGAUUGCAGACAACAUCCAGGGACGCAUUGACGUGUCGCAGGUCUUCGAUAGAUGGGAGGACAUCCCGGAUCCCAGGAGGCCGCUGAAAAAGUUCAAGCCAAACGAAAUUCUCUCUGUUCGCGUCCUUGGCGUCCACGAUGCCCGCAAUCACCGUUUCCUCCCCAUCACACACCGAUCGAGCCACUCGGUCCUGGAAUUGUCAAUGAAGCCCAGCGAUCUCAAGGAAGACACGCUCCCGGAGCCGCUGUCCCUUGACAAGAUCCAGGUCGAAUCCACGCAUGUUGCCUUCGUCAACAACGUCGCCUCCAACUAUCUGUGGGUGAACCUUUCGCCAAAUGUCCGCGGCAGGAUCAGUGCCUCGGAGGCGUCGCACGAUCUUUCCAAGGUGGCGAACCUGGAGAAGAGCUUCCCUGUCGGCAGUGCGCUCCAAGUGCGGGUUUUAGCUGUGGACAAGGAGAGGGAGAGAGUCGACCUCUCGGCUCGGAUUGGCGCUGCUGAGGAGCUCUCCUGGGACAAGCUGCAACAAGGCAUGGUCUUGCAUGCUAAGGUCACCAAGGUCAAUGACCGUCAAAUCGUGGUGAAACUCAGCGAGCUUGUGGCGGGGCCUGUCCACCUGCCGGAUCUCGCAGAUGAUUACGGUGAAGCGAACCCUCUGGUGCACUCAAAGAACGAGAUCGUACGGGUGGCUAUCGUUGAGAUGGACAAGAGCAACAAGAGGCUGAGGUUGUCCAUGCGGCCCUCAAGAGUGCUCAACUCAUCCUUGCCCGUCAAGGACAAGGAGGUUACAAAGAGCACCAAGCUCGAAGUCGGCGAAAUCAUCCGGGGCUUCGUCAAGAAUGUGUCGGAUAAGGGUCUCUUCGUGUCUCUCGGAGGAGAUGUUGUGGCGAUGGUCCAGAUCAAGAAUCUUUCCGACUCGUACCUGAAGGACUGGAAGGAGCACUUCCAGGUCGAUCAGGUGGUCAAGGGGCGCAUCAUUUCGGUGGCUGAUGGCCGUAUCGAAAUGAGCCUGAAGCCGUCGGUCGUGGAGAAGGACUACGUCCCGCCGACGACCAUCUCAGACCUGAAGGAGGGGCAGAUUGUGACGGGCAAGGUCCGAAAAGUGGAGGAAUUCGGUGCCUUCAUCGACAUUGACCGCACCGACAAUCUUUCGGGCCUGUGCCACCGCAGCGAGAUGGCGGAUAGGGCGAUCAAGGACGCGAGGACACUCUACAACGAGGGGGAUCGCGUCAAGGCUCGCGUCUUGAAGGUGGAUCUCGAGAAGAAGCGCAUCAGCCUCGGGUUAAAGCCGUCGUACUUCAAAGACGGUGAGGCAGACGAUAUAGAUGUCGACAGCGAUGACGAGGACGGUGGAGCAGCGCUAGAUGGAGAAGAGCAGAGUGAUGCCGACGAAGCGAUGAGCGACGUCGGCGGGGCACUUCUCAUUGCCGGCUCGGAGGAUGAGGAGGACGAGGAUGAAGACGAUGUGGAGGACGCCAGCGACGUUGAGAUGGCCGACGGGCCACAGGAGGGGCUCGAUGCUGGCGGCUUUGACUGGACGGCGAACGCCCUCGACGCGGACGACAAUGCAAAUGCCGGAGUUGCGGAUGGGCCAAGCAAGAAGGCCAAGAGGCGGCGGGAACCGCAGGUCAUCGUUGACAAGACGGCCGAGCUCGAUGUCAACGGGCCGCAGACAUCCAGCGAUUACGAGCGUCUCCUUCUGGGGCAGCCGGAUUCGUCCGAACUGUGGAUCGCGUACAUGGCCUCUCAAAUGCAGGUCAAUGACCUGGCCGGCGCGCGACAAGUGGCUGAACGGGCGAUCAAGACGAUCAAUAUCAAGGAGGAGACAGAGAAACUGAACGUUUGGGUUGCCUACCUCAACUUGGAAGUCGCCUAUGGGACAGACGACACGGUGGAGGAGGUCUUCAAGCGGGCGUGUACCUACAACGACGACCAGGAGAUCCACGAGCGGCUGGCAAGCAUCUAUAUCCAGUCCGGCAAGCACAAGGAAGCCGACGAGCUCUUUGAAAAGAUCCUCAAGAAGUACGGCUCCAAGUCGGCCCACGUCUGGACCAACUACGCCCACUUCCUCCACGCCGUCGCCAACCAGCCCGAGCGCGGCCGCGCGCUCCUCAAACGCGCCACCCAAGUCCUCAGCAGCACGACGGGCAACUCUUCGCACGUCUACCUGUCCCUCCUCCCCAAGUUUGCCGCGCUCGAGUUCCGCUCGCCCAACGGCGACCGCGAGCAGGGCCGCACCCUCUUCGAGAGCCUGCUAGCGACCUACCCCAAAAAGUUCGACCUGUGGAACCAGCUGCUCGAUCUGGAGACGGCCCCGUCGAUGGUGGGCGCCGCCGAUCCGGUCGUCGUGAGGGACUUGUUUGAGCGGGGAAGCAAAGUAAAGGGGUUGAAGCCCCGCCAAGCCAAGGCUUGGUUCAGGAGGUGGGCCAAGUGGGAGGAGGAACACGGCGACGCCAAGAGCAGAGAGCGGGUGUCUGCGAAGGCGCAGGAGUGGGCGAGGGCUGAGGCUCAGAGGAAAGGCGGUAGCGCUGGGAAGGACGAGGAGGAUGAGGAGUGAAAUUAGGUGUGUGGAAGGCGCACGUCAUAUCUAUCUAUAUGAAUGUGUGUGGAAAAGUAUGGAAAGGGGAAUAUUUAGAGCUCUGGAGCAAAUCCAGUCGCGAAUGGUGUUUGCCAAAGGCGUCGUGUUGUUUGUUAUUGUCAUGUGUAACAACCUGUUCUUUGGAGCAUAUAUCGUGGGUGCUAUCUGAAUCAAAAAAGGUACAUGUAUAUAUAUAUAUGGUCGGCUGGGUCAAAUACUCCCCUACUUUGGAUCUCAGCCUCGCUCCAUUAAGGGAUCCGAAAUAGCUUACUACACUUUACUUCACAGCGGAACGAGGUUAAACUGUCCAUUUCCACCUUUUACUCAACUGGCUCUAAUGCUCCAUCACCCUUGAACACAUAAUACCAGGUACAUACCAAGUCACAAACAUAAGCCAUUGCUAUGGCACCACAUACACACU